UGUUAGUUGCGUAACCACAUAACAUUUUUUUGCACAUUUCGCGAUUACGAAACUUCGAUAUCGACAGAUUGUGAUGAAAUGUGAUGGUGGAGGAAGGUUAAGUUUAGUUUGAUUUGUUACUUUUUUUGCUAAUUUUUUUUACAAUCAUGGCUUGUGAAUACAAGCGGCAGUUGAGUCAAAUAUUUGAUGAUUCUUUCGUAUCAGAACAACAAAUAGAUAAUGCGAUUAGUAUUGUUCUGGACAACAAUUCUUUAACACCUGAGGAAAAUUUAGAGGAAAUGAUUAAUCUUCUGGUAGAGUCAGGAGACUCAACACUUUCUACUUCUGAGGGGGCUGCUGGGGUCACUCAGCCGAACAGUAGGCAGUUCAGUCAGUGCUUUGAUAGGCUGACAAUGCUGUUCCCUGAUAUUUGCCCCAAUUAUUUAACCCAAUUUUGCCAAAACUACGACCCUUUUGAUUUCGACCAAGUUGUAGAGGACUUAUCUAAAACUGAUUACGUUAAACUUGAUAAAGACCCGUUGGACGUUUGGGAACACCUCAAGCAAAUGCUGCCAAACGCUGAUCCAAUUUAUUUAAGAAACCAAGCGAGAGUUUUAGUCAAUAGACCUGCAGGAGAGUUGGAACAGUUCAUAGAAAAUGCGAUUCAAGAAAACAAUUAUCCCACAAUGCAGGAAUAUUUAAAGAAUAAGGAGUUGGCAGCUGGGGUAGCUUUGUACGAAAAAAACUUUUCAGUUGAAGCUUAUCUCAAGGAAAUUCCAAAUCCGGUUGAAAUUUUCACGAACCCCAAUCGCAAAUCUCCUUUAGUGGACGAAAAUGAUCUAGAUUUUGCCUUAAAUUUUCUCUAUAACCAGUUUUUAUUCCUACGUAAGCGCGAAAUUGUCAAGAUUUUCGACCACUUUGGCAAAAAUUUGGUGAAAACUUGUCACAAACUGAAAACUUUGACCAAAGCAUUUAGACACCCUAGGCCGGCUGUUGAGCUAAACGAGUGCAAAAAUAUCGAGUUACUGAAAGAGGUUGCGUUCAUUAAAUACGAGAAACAGAUUAGACAAAUGUUGAAACAACAAGACGAUAAGUACCGACUUGCCUUGGAGGCAGCAAGAGAACAAGGGCUUUUGCAAACUUGUGCUUGCUGUUUCGACGAUAAUUUAAUUCCAGAAGAGUGUUAUUUUUGCAUCAAGGGAUGUAUUUUUUGCAAGGAUUGUGUCAGAUCUGGGGCUGAGAACGUAAUAGGGAAGGAGGAAACGAGGUUUCCCUGCCUUGCAGAUUGUGAUUCAGAGUUUGAUUAUUCGACUCUACACAUGGUUUUGGACCGUAAAGUGUUCCAAGGCGUUUGGCACCGAAAACAAAUCGAAGAAAUACGCAAUGCCAACAUUGACGGUUUGGAAACUUGUCCAUUCUGCGAUUUCUGUAUGAUCCCUGACGAAGGAGACAAGAUUUUUAAGUGUGCCAACAUUGAAUGCAUGGCUGAAACAUGCCGCCUUUGUCGCCAUAGGUCCCACGUGCCUAAAAGAUGCAACGAAAUCGAAUACGACGAAGAUGUUAAAAUGCGAACUUUCAUCGAAAAUAAAAUGACUGAGGCACUUCUCAGGAAGUGUUGGAAAUGCUCUAAACAAUUUUACAAAGAAUCAGGCUGUAAUAAAAUGACUUGCGUCUGUGGUGCCAUGAUGUGCUAUGUUUGUGGGGAAGCUGUGACGGAUUAUAGGCACUUUGGAGCUGGACGGUGCCCUUUGCAUACUGAAAAUUUGCAACAGUUUCACCUAACUAGGAUACUAGAAGGUGCCCAAUCGGCCAAAAAUGAGUUGGGAAUUACUGGCAAUCCGAAUCUGCUUAAAUUUGAUCCAACAAGGGGCAUCGAGAAUCAAGUGGCUUAGAUGCAUUGUUUUAAACUUUUGGUUUUUGUCUAUCAUGCUGUGGCCUUAUUCUUCUAAUAAUAGCUGUGAUCAGAAUGUUUUCCUGCUCAAAAUAAUGUGUUUGUAGUUAGGUUUUUCUCAGGCAAUAGUUGUUCUAACUGUUUAUAGAAUUACAAGUUUCAUACGAUUUAUAAAUUUUAUAGAAUAUUGAUCAUUGUUUUCUUACGAUUUGUAUUAGCUGUUACAUUAUAAAGAUUGUAUGAUUAUUGCUCAUGUAUUUUUAAUAAAUUGUUUCUAUGUU